AUGAAUGAAACAGAACCUAAUCUUCCUUCCAAACCAUCACCGUUACUACCCACAUGUGUACGAUGCAAAGACUCUAUUACUACUGGUCAUGCUUAUGAAUUAGGUGAUGAUAAAUGGCAUACACAUUGCUUUUCAUGCUAUAAAUGUGAUAAACUAUUAAGUUGUGAUUCUGAUUUCUUAGUACUCGGUACAGGUGCUUUAAUUUGUUUUGAUUGUUCUGAUUCUUGUAAAAAUUGUGGGAAAAAAAUUGAUGAUUUGGCUAUCAUCUUAUCAUCCUCUAAUGAAGCUUAUUGUUCUGAUUGUUUUAAAUGUUGCAAAUGUGGUGAAAAUAUUACGGAUUUAAGAUAUGCAAAGACUAAAAGAGGUCUUUUCUGUUUAAAUUGUCAUGAAAAAUUAUUAGCAAAAAGGAAAAAAUAUGAAGAAUCAAAAAGAUUAGAAAGGAAAAGUUUACCAAAUAUUCCUCAAGUUGAAAAUAAUAAUAGUGCUAAGUCCUCUUCAAAAGAUACAAAAUUACUUUCCACGCAACAACAAACACAAACACAAACACAAACACAAACACCAAUUACUUUAUCUGCAUUUGCUAUUCCAGAAAGAGCUUCAAACAGACCCAUUUCACCAAGUAGAACUCCUAAUUCAAGAUCACAUUCAAGAAAUAACUCAACAUCACGUUCGAGAAAUGAUAACUCACGAUCACAAUCUCAAGCUUUAAAUCAAACUAUCUCAUUGCCAGAAUCUAACGAUAUAUCUACAUUAUUGAAAUCAACAUCAGAAAGUAUAGUGGCACAAUAUUUAGAGAAUGAAGAGGAUGAUGCUAGCAGUAUUGACGAUGAAAGGAACCCUCAAAGUAGUAAUGAAAAGAAUAACGCUACGAAUACAAAUUAUACAACCUCCAAACAUGCAAGGAACAUAUCCAUUGAUGAUAUAUUGAACUCAACGUUAGAGAAUGACGAAUAUAUCGAUGAUGGUGAUACAGGAAGUAUAGAAAAUAAUAAUAACAUAAAUCUACCAGUACAUUUAGAAUUAAAUGACAAUACUAAGAAUAAUAAAGAAAUCAAUAAUCAAAAGCAAUCAUUAAAUAGGACACCUCUGAGAAAUAAGUCAAAUGAAAUCGGUUUGUUGAAAUCUCCAAAAUCUUAUAGACGAGGUAUGAUCCUCAGUGAUAAUGAAGAUGAGGAUGAAAGUGAGAAUGAGAAUCGUGAUAAUGAAUCGACUACUGAGAAAGAUACUGAUUUCAAUGUAAGUGAAUCAACAUUACCAACAAGUAAAUCCUUUAAAGAUUCAAAAGAAUUACAUUCCUCUUCCACACUAGAUGCACCUAUAAUAUUCUCCAAAACCAAUCCUAACAAUAGUCCUUUACCAACUAAUAAAGGGUUAGCUUUAAACUUAAAUCCAUCACCUCGUGCUUCAAUACCUUCAAAUAUCGAGAGAGUUUCAAAUGACUCAUAUUCAUUAGAUAAAUCAAAGAUCACAGAUCAACAAAUUUCAUCAUCAACAAAAGGCAAUGGCAUAACAUCACAACAAUCUCAAAGCACUCGUAAUAAUAAAGAAUAUCAUCAUAAAUCUUCCCUGGGUAGAUCACUUUCGCUUAAAUCGAAAAGUCUUGUUCAAAAUUUAAAAUCAAAAACUAGUACCAGCAAGCAUUCUUCUCCUGGUCCCUUCAGUUUACAUCACUCUCAAAGUACCAAUUCCUCCUUUCCACAAGUAUCUAACAAAGGAAACUCAAUGGUAUCUUCUGAAACACAUACGGGUUGGGGUAUCAAUUCAAGAUCUAAUACCAAUAAUAACUCAAAUUCUACACCCAGACGUAAAACUUCAAGAGGUUAUAGUGAUACAUCAACAUACUCUUCAAUACAAAAGCAAUCUAUAUUGGAAGUAAACGAUGAUAUCCCACCCGAGUCUACAUACAGUUAUUCUACCACGAGCAAUAGAAGUCUAAGCCAUAAGAGAACAAAAAGUGGCACUACACCAACUCCAAUACACUUUUCUCCAAUGGGUAAUCUUAAAAAUAAUCCAGGUGCAGUCUCUGUAUAUACAACACCACCCUUGGAUAAUGAUGCCCCGACAUUUAGAAAAUUAGAUGAUCAAUCAUCUGCUUUAUUGACUCAUAGAAAAACAUUAAGUUGGCAAUUACAAAAUCAAAGAAAUCCACAAAAUUUACCAAUAUCAUUAGGAAAUAAUAAUGACGAUAUUUCAAAAUCAAAAUUAAUAUCACUAUCUCCAAAUUAUGACGUGAAUGACAUCGUUGGAGAUAUAAAUAUGACACGUGAAGAUAAUCUGGAACAAGAAGUCGCUACUUCGAUCGUUCCCACAGAGAUCGACGAUCUUAUAACAGGUUCUGAAUUUUUAUUAAGAAAACUGAAAUUAGAUAUAAAAGAAUUAGAAUUAAAGAAACAAAAAUUAAUAACUGAAAUUGAUUCCAUGCAAGCAACCAAGAAUGAUUUGGCUGAGACAAUAGAAUCAUUAAGAAAAGAGAAAAAUGAAUUGGGGUCAACAGAAUCCCUUGAUAGACCUUCAAUGAAAUUAAAAACUACAGAAUCGUUAUCUGAUUUGGGAUCACCUUCAAAACAAGUAGCAACAGUGAACGUUGUAAAACCAGUAUCAAAACCUAGAUUUUGGAAAUUUUUCUCUUCAUCCUCAUCUUCUGCAUCGACUCCAUCAAAUCAAUCAUCCAAACAACAAAUUCCUAGCUCAGCUUCAUCAAAUCAACUAUUUAAUAUUAAUAUGGGUCCUACUACAACAUUAUCUUAUAACAAUGAUAACAAUUCUGGUAAUGGUCAUAUUGAAAUUUCACCACCAUUCUUAAGAAAUGCCAACGAAAUUAGUGAUAUGAAUUUGAUACCGUUAAAUUCAGACACACGUGGGAAAUCAAAUCAAUCAACUGUAGAAUCUGAACCACCAUCUUCCCUGUACGGAUCUACUCUUGUGGAUAGAUGUCAAUACGAACAAAAGCAAUUCCCAUUUGUAAUCACUACUUGUUUGGCUGAAAUAGAAAGUACUGAAGAAAAUUUGAAAACAGAAGGGUUAUAUAGAAAAUCAGGAUCUCAGUUAGUCAUUGAAGAGAUUGAAAAUGAAUUCGCAAAUGGUACAUUCCAUUCCUUUGAUUUGACAACGUAUGAUAUUCAUGUUGUGACAAGUAUUCUUAAGAGAUAUCUACGAAAGUUAUAUAAUCCCCUUUUAACUUUCGAAAUUUAUGAAUCAUUAAUAGCAUUAGUAAGAGAUAAUCAAUUGGUGACUACAUUACCCUUAUCUGACGCAGAACAUAUAGAAACUCAACAAUUAUUUGAGAAAGUUUUGGAAGUAUUAGGUAAUAUAUUAAAGACAUUACCAAAACAGCAUUUAGAUUUAUUGAAGUUAUUAUCAAGACAUGUUAAUUUGAUUACACAUUUCUCCGAAUGGAAUUUAAUGAAUAUGAAUAAUUUAGCGUUAGUUUUCGCUCCUGGAUUAAUUAGAGAUCUUACUGGUGAGAAGGAUAUUUCCGACAUAAAAGAAAGAAACUAUAUUGUUGGAUUUAUUUUCAACAAUUACAAGGAGCUACUAAGACAUUAG